AUGGCUGAGAACCCUGCUGCUGAACUUUCCAUUCCUAGCUCUGGAAGUGGAGACGACGCAUCGUUGGCGUUGGCCCCUCCAGAAAACCUCCCUUUGGCUCCUAGCGUCUGUGCUUUGGCAUUCUCUGUGCCUUCGAAGCUCCGCAAUGUCAAGGAGGCCCUCAAGAGCUGGAAUAAGAACAUCUUUGGUGAUAUCUCUCUUCAAGUUGCUGAUUGCAAAGAGAGACUUGCCUCCAUACAGGUUCGGCUGCAGACUGACAUGCACAAUACCAUCCUUGCUGAAACUGAAAAAGAUCUUACUGUUGAGCUCUCUACUUUGCUCUCUAGGGAAGAGAGCUUCCUUAAGCAGAAAUCUAGAAUCAAAUGGCUUGACUUGGGAGAUUCAAAUUCUGCUUACUUCCACCGCUCAGUUAAGGCCAAUGUCAAUGCAAACUUCAUCACUCAGCUCUCUUCCACUGAUGGCUCUCUUGCCACCACAGUUAAGGACAUAAAGGACUUGGCUGUCCAUCACUUCAAAGGUAUAUUCAAUGCUCCUAUGAUGGAUUAUGUUCCCCUGCAGCGACCUGCUGAACAAGUUUAUCCCUACUAG